AUGGGUAAGGUCGCGGUUAUUACUGGAACAAACAGUAAUCUUGGAUUGAAUAUUGCUUAUAGGUUAAUUGAAAAAACACCCAAUGAUCAAACUUUAACAAUUGUGGUAACAUCAAGAACUCUUCCAAGAGUUAAAGAAGUCAUCGAAUUAUUAAAAAAGAAAGUAAAACAACUAAAUAAGCCAUUAGGCUGCAUCAUUUAUGACUAUAUUUUAGUUGAUUUUACAAACAUGGUUUCUAUAUUGAAUGCAUGGUACGAAUUAAAUAACAAUUACCAAGAGAUUAACUAUUUCUACGUUAAUGCUGCUCAGGGGGUUUAUGAUGGGAUUGAUUGGUUCGGUGCUGUUAAAGAGGUGUGUUCUAAUCCAAUUAAAGCUGUCACUUAUCCAACUUAUAAGAUCCAAAAAGUUGGCAUCAAAUCCAAAGAUGGAAUGGGCCUAGUCUUUCAAGCUAAUGUCUUUGGUCCAUACUAUUUAAUACGUAAACUAUUACCUCAAUUGAGUAAAGGUAAGGGUAAAGUUGUCUGGAUCUCCAGUAUCAUGUCAGAUCCAAAAUAUCUUUCUAUGAAUGAUUUAGAGUUACUUCAAUCAGAUUGUUCUUAUGAAGGUUCAAAAAGAUUAUUGGAUCUAUUACACUUUGCCAGUUACAAAAAACUUUUGGAUAAAUAUGGUAUCAAUCAAUAUGUUGUACACCCUGGAAUUUUCACUAGUCAUUCCUUUUUCAAAUAUUUAAACAUUUUCACUUAUUAUGGGAUGCUAUUAUUAUUCUACUUUGCUAGAUUACUAGGCUCUCCAUGGCACAACAUCGAUGGUUAUAAAGCUGCCAAUGCGCCAAUUUAUGUGACACAUCUCGCAAAUCCAAGAUUUGAGCCACACCAUGUUAAAUAUGGAUCUGCCACAUCAAUUGAUGGGAUGGAAUAUAUUAAAAGAACCGACAUUGAUCCUACUGGCUCUUCAGACGUUUAUAAUUAUAUUGAGGAAAAAUGUAAAGAAUGGGACGAAAAGUUGAAGGAUCAAAUUAAACCUACAAGAAUACCAAUUUGA